GCUAAUCACUUUUCCUUCUGUCCCAAAUACGUGUUUCGGUCCACUGCAUCCUCUUCUUACUAUCACAUCACAAAACAUAAUUCUGAGAUAGCAGAAAGUGUAAAAAGUUUCUUCAGCAGCUCUCUGAUUUCUUUGUUCCGCGAAUUCCCCACGGAUUUCCCCAUUGGUUUACUUCUCUCCUUUUAAACCCCCAGUACAAUUUGUAUAAUCAUCAAAUUAUAUAUAUAUAUAUAUAUAAUCUUGUUGUUUUUCAUUAUAAGACACAUGUGGUAUAAUAUAUGGCUGAUUCUGAUCCACCAAACCCAACUAUACAAGUCCCACAAUUUGACUCUUCAUCAUCAUCAUCAUCAGCACUUCACCCAGAUCAGAAUCUCUCUUCUUCUUCAACAACCAGUCGAUCUCCUAGACCCGUUUUGUCGCCAGGUGGGUCAUCGGGGCAACCCAAAGGAAGGCAUCCUAUUUAUCGUGGGAUUCGAAGCCGGAGUGGGAAAUGGGUAUCUGAAAUACGUGAGCCACGUAAGUCUACGCGUAUUUGGCUUGGUACGUAUGCUACUCCUGAAAUGGCGGCCACUGCAUAUGACGUGGCGGCUCUUGCUUUGAAAGGGCCCAAUACGCCGUUAAACUUUCCCAAUAUGAUUCUCUCAUAUCCAAUACCGGCUUCUAGUUCUGCUAGUGAUAUUCGAGCGGCUGCCAGUCAAGCUGCCGCCGCAAAACAAGAGAAGCCAGAUACCGAGUCAACUCCGGAUCUAGGUCCUACAGAGAGUACAAUUUGCAUGGCUCAAGGUGAAUUUGUUGACGAAGAAGAGCUGCUAAAUAUGCCUAAUUUGCUUGUGGACAUGGCAGAAGGAAUGCUUGUCAGUCCACCCAGGAUAAACCCACCGUCUUCUGACGAUUCUCCGGACAGGAGCAAAAGUCAUGGAAAUUCGAAAGUAUCCUAAAAAGGGUUGCAGCGAGGUUGAACGUCGAUUCUCAUAAUUGACAUAAAAACGGUAUGACUCUCUGCAGGAAUUGAGACAUAUUGUUGUUUGUGUUGAGCUUUUACCAUUCAGUUUAUUUGUUAUUUUAAGUGAGUGAAAUUUUUCAACUUUGUGAAACAAA